AUGAUUCCACUGACGUUGAUCUUGAGGAAAGUAGCAGCUUCUUAUGAAUGGGGUAACAAGGAAUUCAGAAUUAAUCAUCUAUUAUUCAUGGACGAUCUCAAGUUAUAUGCCAAGAAUCAGGACCAAAUAGAUUCACUAGUACAAACUGUGCAUCUCUUCAGCGAGGACAUUGGGAUGCAAUUCGGAUUAAACAAGUGUGGUGUGUUGGUAUUGAAGAGAGGGAAAAUUGUGAAGCAAAAUGGUGUUGCACUUCCGAAUGGGCAAAUGAUGAAAGAAAUCGACGAAAGUGGAUACAAAUACCUGGGUAUUGUAGAAAUGGAUAAGAUCAAAGAAACAGACAUGAAAGAAAAGUUUACAAGCGAAUACAAAAGAAGGUUAAAGUUGGUUUUGAAAUCAAAAUUGAAUGGUAAGAAUAAGAUCUUAGCAAUUAACACAUGGGCUGUAUCAGUCUUGAGGUAUGGGGCAGGUAUCUUGAAAUGGACAGUAGACGAGUUAAAAAACAUGGAUAGGAAAUCGAGGAAGAUUAUGACAAUGCACGGUGCAGUUCACCCUAAGAGUGAUGCAGACAGGUUAUAUUUGACUAGAGAGAAAGGGGGGCGUGGACUGAUUAGCUGCGAGGGUUGCGUUCGAAGUGAGGAGAAUAAUUUGGGAUGGUGUGUCCGGAAUUCCGUUGAAUCAUUGAUUCGAGGUGUUAGGCUUGCUAAAGUGGUGGACAUUGAAGAUGUUAGUAAGGAUGAGUUCUAA